AACAACUCUUUUUUCCAAUCAACGGCCUUUCAAAUACCAUACUUAACUCUUUAGACAAAAUAAAUAAAUAAAUAAAUAAAUAAAUAAAUGUUUGCGUGGGCCUGCCAAUUGGCUAUAAACUUACUCCUACAAAUACUACAUCCAACAACUCUUUUUUCCAAUCAACGGCUUUCCAUAGUGUUUACAUGGACUCCUCCAUUUCCAAUUCUCCAACCAGCAUUUCCAGCUCUGCUUCACUCUCCAUUCCCCGAUUCCGAUGCUUUGAUCCUGCGAAUUUUCAUCCCCCCACCACUAACCCUAGAUUCUUAAGGAGCUCUUCUUCCCCUAGGUUGAACUCCACCUCUCCUACAAUUAACGGUAACGGCGGCACGGGGAUCUCGACCAACUCCGAGCCAAAAAUUGUCACCGGGGAAGCUGGUUUUGAGCUUGAAGAUGUCCCUCACUUGACUGACUACAUUCCUCAACUCCCUACAUAUCCCAAUCCAUUACAAGACAACCCGUCCUAUUCAGUUGUUAAGCAGUAUUUUGUCAAUGAUGAUGACACAGUCGUUCAAAAGAUUGUUGCCCAGAAAGAUAGUCACAGAGGAACUCACUUUAGACGUGCUGGACCCCGUCAGAAGGUAUACUUUGAAUCAGAUGAGGUGCACGCAUGUAUUGUAACAUGCGGUGGUCUAUGUCCUGGCCUAAACACUGUGAUAAGGGAACUAGUGUGCGGAUUAUAUUUCAUGUAUGGUGUCACUAAAGUUAUUGGGAUAGAGGGAGGAUACAGAGGUUUUUAUGCUCGGAAUACGGUUCCAUUAACGCCAAAUGUUGUAAAUGAUAUCCAUAAACGUGGUGGCACCAUCCUUGGGACAUCACGAGGGGGCCAUGAUACCUCAAAGAUAGUUGACAGCAUUCAAGAUCGAGGAAUUAAUCAGGUAUAUAUAAUUGGAGGAGAUGGAACUCAGAGAGGGGCUGCUGUGAUUUUUGAGGAGAUUAGAAGGCGUGGCCUCAAAGUUGCGGUAGCUGGCAUCCCAAAGACCAUUGACAAUGACAUACCGGUUAUAGACAAGUCCUUUGGCUUUGAUACUGCUGUUGAGGAGGCUCAGCGAGCUAUUAAUGCAGCCCAUGUUGAAUCAGAAAGCUUUGAGAAUUGUAUUGGUGUUGUCAAGUUAAUGGGCCGAUACAGUGGAUUUAUAGCAAUGUAUGCUACUCUUGCGAGCAGAGACGUGGACUGCUGCUUGAUUCCUGAAUCACCAUUUUACCUUGAAGGACCUGGUGGACUUUUUGAAUAUAUAGAAAAGAGACUAAAUGAGAAUGGACACAUGGUUAUUGUUAUAGCUGAAGGUGCUGGACAAGAGCUGCUUUCUGAAAGCAUCCAUAACAAGCGAGAUGCUUCAGGGAACAAGCUACUUAAAGAUGUCGGUUUGUGGAUAUCACAAAAGAUAAAGGACCACUUUGCUAAAGGUAAAAGAAUGGCUAUAAAUCUCAAAUAUAUAGAUCCUACUUACAUGAUCCGUGCUAUUCCAAGCAAUGCGUCUGAUAACGUAUACUGCACUCUCCUCGCUCAAAGUGCCAUUCAUGGUGCGAUGGCAGGGUAUACAGGCUGCACUGUUGGCCUUGUUAAUGGGAGACAUACAUACAUACCAUUCUAUAGGAUUACUGAAAGACAACACAAGGUUAUAAUCACUGAUAGAAUGUGGGCCAGGCUACUGUCAUCCACCCAUCAACCGAGUUUCCUGGACCCAGAAGAGAUCACAGGAAGGAAGGCUGAGGAGGAGUCAAGAACUGAACUUUCCAAUGGAGAGGACUAUGAGGAGGCAGUAGUAUUGAAGUAAAGAGGCCUAAAAUAAGCAGCAAUUCAGCUGUUCUGUUUCUAAUUGUUGUUAUCCCUCUUUUCUAUUACUUUCAUAUAUAUAGCUCAUCUUUUGUAUCAAUAUGGACUUCCAAAUAGAUUUAUACCUGAACUAAUGCUUUGGGUUGUUUUCUCUUCCCCCCUUGCGCGGAAGAGGCAGCUGUAGAUGUAAGUUUCAAGCUGUUAAAGAUGUUUUUUUUUUUUUAAUUGCACAAUAAGACACAAAAGACAAU